UACAGAUGAAAAGCAAAUUUGCAGCUAUGGUGCGGUUGAAUUUUAUAAUGUCAUCCUUUGGCUUGCUGUUGGUUUCAGCGUCCGGUAGCGGGGCAGACUGUCAUUUCCCGGAGUAUGUCCAGAGCCCCCUGGACGAGUUUGGAGAACCAAUGGCCUGGCACACCAAGGUAUGGUGGCUCAACCUCCGACAUGAACCAAAACUCAGGGAGAUGCAGGAGAUAUAUGUAUACAGUGACCUCGAGGAUGACAUGGCGGCGUUGACACUCACACGGCAACUUCUGGGACGCAGAUACGAAUCGACCCACGCCAAGGCCGAGUCAGCAAUGCCAUACUGUUUGUGGAGGACAUCAAGCAGGAUGCCGUGGUCUACAGUAUCGAAGGCGGCGCUGAGGUCGAGUGCAAUCAAUGCCGUCACUUCCUGUUUCUCCAUGCCGUCCAGCAAGUCGUUGACCAAUCUGACUAUUGCCGUUUCACACGAAUCACAGAUUUGGAGCCAACGCCAAAAUAAUCGAUGGUCAUGUGACCGGAAGAUAAAGCGAGUGGCACAUCGGGCGAUAUCGGCACUCUUCGGAUCAUGUUCGGAAAAGUAUCUGUUGUAUAACCGAACAUGUCUCAGCGAAGAUCGACACAACAGGUUUCGAGUUAUACAGUACGGCCCUGGAAGACAGCCAUCGUUCGUGUGCAUGCAGUUUGUGAAAAGAAGCGAAACAGUUAUACAAGUCCUGGAAGGCCCAAAGCACGAUACAAACGACCCUGCCCUAUGUGAUGAACGCAAGAUGGUGCUCGAGGAAUGGCCAUGGAUAGCGCCGUGGCGAAAGCAGAUGGUUACAUGUCCAGUGAGCGGGGGAUUCAGCUUCCGGACUGUCAACAAACUCACCAGUCAGGACUUCUGUGAUGGUGAGUGGCGAAAAUCGCGCCUGGAGAUUGACUGUGCCCAGGGAGAGGGGCUUACCUUCAUAGCUCCCCAGGGAACCAUGUGUAACCCUUUCUCUUCCAAUUCAGAAGUGUCUCGGUUCCAUUGCUGGGCGGGCUGGGAAGAGAAGAAAUACAAGUUCCUCGUCGUCGGGGAAGAUGAUGGCGUACCACAAUACUGCCUGCGAUUUCCCCGCGAAGUGGGUGAGCAGUUUACGGUGCUCGUGUACUUUAGCGUUCUGUGUCCGCUACGGGAGGACGGCAAACCACCUACAGGCAUCGAGUACCAUGAGAUGAACAUGCAGACGCUUGUUGACCGGUGUGUGGACGACGAUAUUGAGCGGUGCGAGGCGGUCAAGGCCCGCGGUCAGUGUAAGAAGGAGGAGAAGUAUGCGAUGCACUGUGAACGCUCCUGUGACAAGUGUGUGGAGCAGUCUCAGCUGUUGGACAUACUAUGUCCGUUUCCCUCAAGCGUGCAGGGGAGUUGGCUGUUUUUGGACGUCCGCCACAAGGAGCAGGUGCGCGUCAACCAGACGACCGUCGCCUUUGAGCGCCUGGGGUCUUUUACCUGCAAGGAGCGCUCUUUCACCUCGCAUAAGCUUUUCAAGACUGUCACGUUGUUUAAUAACGGAUGUUCAAUGCGAUACACUUGUUUCGAGUUUUACAGACGGACGGAAAACGUCUUACAAUUUCGCAUCGGUACGAGCGCCCGAGGAGACACCGGCUUUGAGAACCUGUGCAAGUUUGAGGACGGAGCCAGUCCCCUCAAUGAUCUGUACAGGGGAAGCAAGCCGAGGAAUCUGAUAUACGACGGACGACUACAGGACGAGUAUUGCGGGUUCUCGUCGUCAGUUCCGUUCAACGGCUCUGUGUACGGUGAACCGUGUUACGGGGCCGCCUCCGACUGGGAUUCGGACGGCUGUGUGAAGAGGGGUGUCCUCACCGUCAGUUCCGACACGUGUGGAAACCUAGACCAACCACUAGAGUACCAGUGUCUUGCCUUUAUAAACGACCAUCCACUCGAGAAAUUCCUCAUAACGAGAUCGUUCGUUAGUGGAGACUUCAACUGUUGGGUAUUGACGAGUUACCUGUGUGACCACUGGAAGUGGCCGUACCGGGUCAUGUACAAACUGGACAGCCCACAAUGCAUCUCGCUCUCAGACAGCGCAUGCGUACUAGACAGAACGCCGGAACUUUUACUUUUCCUUCAAGACGAAGAUAAGAACCAAUUUUGCAAAGGUGCGUUUCGUAAGCAUUUGACGUCACAAACAACCGUGACGUCGUUGACUAAGCCAAAAAUCUUCGUAGGGGAAAAAGGUGACGAGAAUACUAUGCCCUAUGUGCCGGGCCGCCAGGACCCCCGGGAACACACCUACCCCCAGCGGGACUGGGGAGGCGGCGGCAUUGAGAACAUGGACUCUUCAAUUGGCAUGUCCGGAGGACCAGGGGCAGUGCCGGAACUCGUGUGCAUUGUGCUAAGUGUAUUUGUGACUUCUAAUCUCUGUUUUGUCUUGUAUCCCACAUGAUAAGGAAAUCAUAGUGUGAAAGUAUUGAGCCAAAAUGUGAUAAAAUGUCCAGUUAUGUUCUGCAAAUAGUUUCCGUUUAGCAUUAGUCGAAAACUACGGCUUGUUUUCAAUGUACAUUUAUUUACGAACCUACUAAUAUAUCUUUUUAAUAACAAUAUACAUGUAGAAAUAUUUUGUUACUUUUGUAUUGCAAUAUAAUUAUAAUGAUGAACAUUAUAAAUAUUGUCCAUGAUUUACUAAAUC